GCUGUGAGAGGGCGCUCGAGGCUGCUGGAGAGCGAACAGGCGAAAAGAGGCGGGGAGGCGGCGGCCGCGCUCGCUCUCCAGCUCGCUGGCUUCCCGGCGCCCCUGUAAGUGCGCCGCUGAGCUUCCUGCUCGCCGGCCGCUCCGUGGCGCGUCGCCGGAGCAGCCGCCCAGCAGCCAGGUCCCGGCUCGGUUUGGGAGUCGUGCGCGCAGGGGGACACUGCGCGGGGGGCGAGCCGGCGCCACACCUGUGGAGCCGACGGCCGUAGUGGGUGCCAGCCCGGGUCCCACUGCGUGUGUGCUGGGGGCAGCGGGUCGCCCGGUCCCCGGGGGAGGUGCGUCCCCCGGCUGGGCGCCUUGGGCACUAUGGGGCUCCCAGCACUGGAAUUCAGCGACUGCUGUCUGGACAGCCCGCACUUCCGAGAGACGCUCAAGUCACACGAAGCGGAGCUGGACAAGACCAACAAAUUCAUCAAGGAGCUCAUCAAGGACGGAAAGUCCCUCAUCAGCGCGCUCAAGAAUUUAUCUUCAGCGAAGAGAAAAUUUGCAGAUUCCUUAAAUGAAUUUAAAUUUCAAUGCAUAGGAGAUGCAGAAACAGAUGAUGAAAUGUGUAUAGCAAAGUCUUUGCAGGAGUUUGCCACUGUUCUCAGAAAUCUUGAAGAUGAGCGGAUACGGAUGAUUGAGAAUGCCAGUGAGGUGCUCAUCACACCUUUGGAGAAAUUUCGAAAGGAGCAGAUUGGGGCUGCCAAGGAAGCCAAAAAGAAGUAUGACAAGGAGACAGAGAAGUAUUGUGGCAUCUUAGAAAAACACUUGAAUUUGUCUUCCAAAAAGAAAGAAUCUCAGCUACAGGAGGCAGAUAGUCAAGUGGACCUGGUCCGGCAGCAUUUCUAUGAAGUGUCCCUGGAGUAUGUCUUCAAGGUGCAGGAAGUCCAAGAGAGAAAGAUGUUUGAGUUUGUGGAGCCCCUACUGGCAUUCUUGCAAGGACUCUUCACUUUCUAUCACCACGGUUAUGAACUGGCCAAGGAUUUCGGCGACUUCAAGACGCAGCUGACCAUUAGCAUACAGAACACAAGAAAUCGCUUUGAAGGCACCAGGUCAGAAGUGGAAUCACUGAUGAAAAAGAUGAAGGAGAAUCCCCUUGAGCACAAGACUAUCAGUCCCUACACCAUGGAAGGUUACCUCUACGUUCAGGAGAAACGUCACUUUGGAACUUCUUGGGUGAAGCACUACUGUACAUAUCAGCGGGACUCCAAACAAAUCACCAUGGUACCAUUUGACCAAAAGUCAGGAGGAAAGGGGGGAGAAGAUGAGUCAGUCACCCUCAAAUCCUGCACACGGCGGAAAACAGACUCUAUCGAGAAGAGGUUUUGCUUUGACGUAGAAACAGUAGACAGGCCAGGGGUUAUCACCAUGCAGGCACUGUCAGAAGAGGACCGGAGGCUCUGGAUGGAAGCCAUGGAUGGCCGGGAACCUGUCUACAACUCGAACAAAGACAAUCAGAGCGAAGGGACUGCACAGUUGGACAGCGUUGGCUUCAGCAUAAUCAGGAAAUGCAUCCACGCUGUGGAAACCAGAGGGAUCAAUGAGCAAGGGCUCUACCGAAUCGUGGGGGUCAAUUCCAGAGUGCAGAAGUUGCUGAGUGUCCUGAUGGACCCCAAAACAGCUUCUGAAACAGAAACAGAUAUCUGUGCAGAAUGGGAGAUCAAGACCAUCACUAGUGCUUUGAAGACCUACCUAAGAAUGCUUCCAGGACCACUUAUGAUGUACCAGUUUCAAAGAAGUUUCAUCAAAGCAGCAAAACUGGAGAACCAGGAGUCUCGGGUCUCUGAAAUCCACAGCCUUGUUCAUCGGCUCCCAGAGAAAAAUAGGCAGAUGUUACAGCUGCUCAUGAACCACUUGGCAAAUGUUGCUAACAACCACAAGCAGAAUUUGAUGACGGUGGCAAAUCUCGGCGUGGUGUUUGGACCUACUCUGCUGCGGCCUCAGGAAGAAACAGUAGCAGCCAUCAUGGAUAUCAAAUUUCAGAACAUUGUUAUUGAGAUCCUGAUAGAAAAUCAUGAAAAGAUAUUCAACACCGUGCCUGAUGUGCCUCUCACCAAUGCCCAGCUGCACCUGUCUCGGAAGAAGUCAACAGAGAAACAGGAACAAAGAAACAGCAUCAUCAACUCCAGUUUGGAAUCUGUCAUCUCAUCUAAUGCAAACAGCAUCCUUAAUUCCAGCAGCAGUUUACAGCCCAACAUGAACUCCAGUGACCCAGACCUGGAUGUGCUCAAACCCACCCGGCCCAACUCACUCCCCCCGAAUCCAAGCCCAACUUCACCCCUCUCGCCAUCUUGGCCCAUGUUCUCGGCGCCAUCCAGCCCUAUGCCCACCUCAUCCACGUCCAGCGACUCAUCCCCCAUCAGGUCUGUUGCAGGGUUUGUUUGGUUUUCUGUUGCUGCCUUUGUUCUCUCAUUGGCUUGGUCCUCUCUUCAUGCAGUGUUCAGCCUCCUCGUCAACUUUGUUCCCUGCCAUCCAAACCUGCACUUGCUUUUUGACAGGCCAGAAGAAGCGGUUCAUGAAGACUCCAGCACACCAUUCCGGAAGGCAAAAGCCUUGUACGCCUGCAAAGCUGAGCACGACUCAGAACUCUCGUUCACCGCAGGCACAGUCUUCGAAAAUGUUCACCCGUCUCAGGAGCCUGGCUGGUUGGAGGGGACUCUGAACGGAAAGACCGGCCUCAUCCCUGAGAACUACGUGGAGUUCCUCUAACCGUGGGCCCCAGCAGAAGUGCUGAGCUUUCCAUGGUAUCCAUGACAACCGCUGAGUCCAGUGGUGUAGAUCAUUUCUCUUUGCCACUGAGAAAUGCAGGGUGACUGACUCUGCUGCUGCCUGUCAACACAAACGUUUCUGUGAACUUUGGUGUCACCCAUCCCCAUGAUCAUCUCAGCUGACAUGUGGUGAUACUGCAGGAAACAGAAGUAAAUCAGCAGUUGAGGCCAUUUGAUUUUGAUAACCAAGGGAAAGGCUUGUAAAGCCAUUCGUCUCCUUCAGCACUCUAAACGGGGAGUACUCAUUUUGUUUCAAUAGUCAUCCAAACUCCUAACCUUCUGAAAAAGGAAGUGAGUAAGAUCUCAGUAGUCUCCAAGAACAUGCAGGUAGCUAAGGCUGACAGAGCUGGGUAACAGCUCAGAUCCAGGCUGAGUCCCUUGCUUGUGUUUGCAGUAGACACUCUCUAACUCACCUCUCAAUGCUUGAGACCCACAGUGCUCCAGGCAGCUGGGUCUGUUUGCAUGCAGGAUGGAGAGGGGUUAUAGCACUGUUUACAUAAGAUCCAAUCUCUCACCAUCUCUAAAGCAGCUGUUGGCCCAGCAUCAGCAGAAUUCAGUCCAGUCCUCUCAUGCAAGGGAACAUACACACCCCACAUUCCCCCCUCCCAAGCUAAGAACUUCUCUGCCACCGAGGGCUGCCAUCACCUCGUAACCACAGCAACCCAACCUACUCUAAAACCAAACCAAAAAAUAACACCCUUUCUUUGUGUGACACUUUUUUCUACCCCUUUGGGUAGUUUUUUGAAUGGUUUUCCAACAACCUGAAGCAGAAGAUCAAGAAAUUAGAGUGGUCUGCUUGGGGCAGACAAAAUAGCAGCUGGGAACUGUUUCCUUUCUGAUUUAUUUCAGCAGCAUUGAGAUAUAUUUGGAGCAAACUCUAGUAACCUCUUGAGAUUAAAUUACGUACAGGCUUAAUAUUUCUGUUCUUCCAUGCAACCAGUGUUUGCUUUCUAGAGGCCAGUAUGCUGCCUCCAAAUGGGUGACCCCCUCCCUUUUUAUGGCUCGUUCCCUAAUGUUCACCCCUUUACCUGUCUCUUCCCCUGCCCUUGCCUGCCUUUAGCCCAUCACUGACCACUCCCUGGGCAGUUGAGCACUGGAGCCCUGACAGUUUUCAGGGCUGAUUCCUAGGCUAGCUCUAUGGCCUGUACUUUAAAAGGACAUAUAUGUCUAUGUUCACUGCCACUCAGAAAAAGGGAAUUAUUUCUGAGGCUUUUGAAACAUGAGACUAAUAUCAUAAGCCAUCGUCAUUCAGGGGGACACCAAAAGCUUGAGGCAUGGAAGGUGGGAUGGGUAACUUCUAAGGAAGAAAAUUUCCUGGUCCGGAAGGGACUGGGUCUUGUGGAAGACUGCCUUAGGUGGGGAAGUUCAGCCUGGACAUUUCAAAUUUAUUUGGCCUCCAAAGAACAAAGUCCCCAGGAUCUUCCACAUUUGAAUGUCCUUGCAAGAGUGACUCUGGACAGACAAACUCCCAUCCGAUGGACUGAGCUCCCCAGGAGCCUCCUGGGACAGCAGCCUUGCUCCAGAGUGUGCUUCUGGAAUUCCUCUUUAGGGAAGUUUAAACAAGAAAAGAAAAACUUGAAUUGUGUUGAAUUACUGUAUCUUUUACUUUUUUUUUUUUUUUGAAAAGAUAAACUUGUAAAUAGAGUGAUUUGAAAUAAUACUGUAUGGCAAAGUUUUAUAUUUGAUAUCCUUAAAGCUAGUUGCUCCACACAUUUAAGCUUUGACUGCUGAACAGUUGCGUACCAGAGGGAGAGAGAGGAGGCGAGGCAGAAAGGAGUCAGGGUCAUCUCUCCCUGGCCUCGAGGAAGAAGAUACCUCUGUACUCUCUGCUGGCUCUUGUUGGGGAGCGUGGCACACUGAUGGUGUUCAGUCUUCUUUAUCCUAUAUAUGUGUUUUUGAGCAUUCCGUGGGCUUUGGAUUUGGAGAUGGAAAGAGCAUCUUCAGGCAAAGAAUUUUUCAAAGAAUUCCUACUCAGUAGGGAGAUGAAGCUCAGGAUUUAAAUAGGUAGGGACAGGGCUUAGAUUUAUUUUUUUUUUCUUCUCAGGUGUAUUUCUUGGUACCCCAAGAUAUCAGGACAGAAGGAGAUAGGAUAAUUCUAUGCUCUUUAUAUCUAAGUCUUCUGCACGUCUUCUAAGACUUUAUAAAUGAGGCCAAGCUAGUUUGCAAAUGUGUGUCGGUUCUGAAAAAAGCUGGCUUCUUAAGAUCUUUAGUUCUUAAUAUGCUACUGCUUCUCUUUUCCCUAAACAUGUUUUUGUCUUUCCUGUUUAUGUCAGCUUUCCUAUAACCUCCAAAGAAGGAAAAACUCCAAAGUGGAAUGUAGAUUAUGCUGUGAUAGCUUUAUAGAUGGUUUUAAAGUUAAUAGGAGUUUGUCAUUGUGAUUCAGUUCAUCAGCUCGAGGAUUACACGGCUAUUAUCCAGCAGCAAUCAGACACUGCCACUGAAUCAGGGAACAAGGAUUAAGACUGAACAAGACCAAGAUAGGACUCAGGAAUGCUAACAUUGACAACCCAAGAAGAAACGGAAUAUACGCCGAGCAGGCUACACCUACUCCCCGUGGACUUUGAAAAUCUUGGAGACCUGUUCAAAGGCGUGUGAGGCGACAAGCACAAACAGGAAGAGUGCAACAUAAUGCUUUGAACACAUUUGACGUUUUAAAUGGCCAUUGGCUCCAUUGGAACCUUAUGUAGAGCUAGCAUGGAUGAGCAGACGGCGCGGGCCCUGGUCUGGGGAGUCCCCUGCUGAAGAUGCCUGUUGACACCUGGCUUUAGCUUGACCACUUGGAAGCAUGUUCCUCCCUCCUUCAGUUGGCCCUGAUUGGAAGCCAGAGGGAAAUGGAGCUGCUGCCAAUGGGAAUUUUUAGGUAGACCCCUUCCCGGCUUCCCUGUGGCCAUGCUGGGCCUGUGACAGAUUGCUGCUCUGUUUCCUUUCCUCAGCCAGGCUUACUUCCUCCCCAUUUGCUACAGAACUGCAGAAACUGUUUAGAAUACAAGCCAACAAAUAGAAAGAAAUUUGGAGACUAAAAAUAGAUUUCACCCUCUCCACCAUCUCUGCCCCGCAUCCCUUACUCCCUCUGCUUGAAUAGGGAACUUUAGGACAGAUUAAGGGAGUGAACCAGGUAUUAGAGUGGAAGGCUAUUGACCAAUGUCACUGAGCCGUCCCAGGAGCCUUGUUUCUUUUGUAAAGCCCUGGGAUCCGUUUGGUAUCCUGAAUCUUUUUUGGGUAUUAAUGUCGGCCUUUUACUCUUCCUUCAGGUACUCACAGAAUUCUAUAGCUACAGAAUGCCAAAUCAUAAGAAGAUAACUAGUUUCAAAUCCCUGCCCCCAGGCAAGUAAAUUCCUGAUUUGCUCAAGGUUAAUGAUAUUUUCUUCUGUUUUCAAAAAUGAACAUAUAGGGCACCUUGUAUAGCACUGCCUUCCUCAGUAUCCUAUCAUUGGAGCCAGUUUUUAGCUUAGUGUUUUAGUAUUUUGACAGUCAAUAUGUGUUUUCUUCUGUCAGACCAAACUCUUUUUCAACGUAAAAGAUUCCCGUUCAUCCCCCUUGCUGAGUGCUUUUUCGACAGAGGCAAAGAGAAAGAGGGAAAAUGAGCAAUCAAGUAUUGACAGACUGGCUUGAGCAGAACAGAGCCAUGCUCGUGACAAGGUCAUUUCAGGCAUCUGUUAGGACUCCACAGUUGUGUGUACUAUGUCUAGCUUGAAAGGUAGUCCUUCCACUAAGUGCAUUUGUGUCUCCUGUUAAGAGCAACCUCAGUCACACCAAAAGUUCUGACUUGACUGUAGUGACUCCCAAAGCAUCCAUGACUGAGGGAUACAGAGACAGAAAUAAUCAACAGCCACUUGAUCACCUGUUUCUGAUAGUCUGUUGGCACCUUUUAUCCUCUGGCUUCUGUUUCCAAAAGCAAGUCUGGACCACUCAGAUUUAUGGACACAGGACUCCCAGGUACAACAGUGGCCACCAUGGUGCCCACAGUUUGCCCUCGUAUUGAAUGUUUUAUGAGCAACCAUCUUACCCCAAGUAAGUAGCGAACACUGAAGAAACCAAACAGCCUCUUAGCUACCUGACUUUUAAAGAAAUGUCCUAGGUAUUCCAUCUCGGGAGUUAUCCGUCAUCUCUGGCAAAUUUGACAGUAAUCAAUUACCUAGACCACACUGCCCCACACUUCUUUUAAGCCAAACACACCCUGUGCUGGUGUUUAAAAAAUGUAUCUUGUCAUGCUCAAUUGUGCUUGGCAGCCAUGCCGAUCUGCCGGUGCUGAACCACUUCUCUGUAGUUGUAGCAUCAGAAUGACAACAACGGCAGAGCAGCGAACCUUGCACAAUACUCCAGCGUGCCCAAGACAACACUCCAACCAGUAAUAAUUAGCUUCUUUCCUUUCGCCGCCUACAGUACUUGUCUAACUAAAGAGCUUCCCAAAGCAGAGGGAGAGACUACAUAGAGAAUCCAGAUGUCAUUCAGAGCCAGCCCUUGCUGAAAUAUGGUCUUCUAAUGCAGCGGUCCCCAACCUUUUUGGCACCAGGUACCAGUGCUUCCAUGAGCAUCUAAUGCCUGAUGAUCUGAGGUGAUGCAAGUGCUGGGGAGUGGCUGCGAAUACAGCUGAAGCUUCACUUGCUCACCUACCCCAUGCUAACCUUCUGCUAUGUGGCCCAGUUCCUAACACGCCACAGACCAGUACCGGUCCACGGCCCAGGGGUUGGGGGCCCCUGUGAAGCAAUUACAUUCUUGGGCAAAAAAAGGAUAUAAAGUAAUACUAGGAACAGAGAGAAAGAAAAUGGUGACCUACACUGAAGAACUUUGGAUUUUUUUUUUUAAAGGAAUAAAUAUAGUACUUAAUGGGAGGGGCAGGAAAUUUAUCACAAAAAAGUUCACAGCUAAUAUUUUUGUAAAAGUUUUACAGGACACUGAGAUAACAUUUUUUUUAAAGUGGAAUGCUUUAGAGAGCAAAGGCUUGGCGCAGUACUAGACCCAGGUAAGGGGUGCAGUGACUAGUAUGUCAAAAUUCUCUUUAGUCAUUGAGAAGCAGAGUAUUGAUAAAAUGUCAAAAUUACCUGGAGCAGUCCUGGGGAGGCCAAGACGUUCUACACUAUUCUUCAUCAACCAUUUCUACAAAAUUGUCCAAAUAGACACCCAUGAGCAGCUUUCUUGGGUAUCCAUGUGUCAGGGUCAACCUUGUACCUGUGAAAAGAGGUUCUUCUGAUGAUUCUAAACUAUAUAUGUCUUAGUAUGUGUUUGUGUAUGUGUAUGUGCAGUGCACAUUUACAUUUAUGAAGAUACAGAUUCGUAUAGAAACCCACAUAAGCUGGCAGUAGCUGAGCCUUCACAGCCUUUAAGAUUUGAAGAUUGAAAAUUCAAGAAACAACAGAGGCUGUUGAUUGACCAUCAAAGUGAUCAAAGAUGUAAAUUAAGUGCCAUUUUAAAACUUUGUUCAUAUUUAUCAAAUGGUUACUAUCUACAGCUGUAUUCCGUAUUAACUUAUUAAAAGUCAUGUUGAAAAAAGAUCAAACUCAUAAGUGUUUACUUAGUAGCUAAUAUAAAUACUAGGCUAAGUGUUCAAAAGCACUCUAAAAGACAUUUUGUUCAUAUUUUGGAGAAGAAAAUAUUUGCAUGUUUAAUUCAUAAUUUAGGCUAACUUUGAGUAUAUUAUAAAGUGCUGUGUGAUAUAAUAUCAAUAAAGUACUUAAAAAUGGCACUUUAAUGUUUUUUUUUAAAAUCAUAAUGCACUGUUUUAAACUUCAGUUCAGUAUUGAAUAUUGACUAGUGUGUAGAUCCAAUUCCGUAAUUAAAAAGUAAUUUGUGACUAGAACAGAACUUUCUCCCUGUGAUUAGUGAAAUAGUUUUGCCGUGUUCAAGCUUUAAAAAUGCUUUUCGUCACUAGCAUAUCUAUAAGGAAAAUACAAUUUCUGUUGAGUGGCCUCUGAAACUUGGCUUUCUCACAUUUGGUUGGUGUACGUGACAAUCUCCA